GUUACGAACAUGGCGUCGACUGACGACUCGGAUAUCCCAGAAACUGGGGCAAUUUUCACAUUUGGGAAGAGUUUCUUUGCAGAUAAUGUACCCAACAAGUUUUGGGUUAAAAAUGACAAAGUUUUACAGAUUGAAUGCGGAGAUGAACACACAGCCCUUAUUACAAGUAGUGGUCGUAUCUUUAUGUUUGGGUCCAACAACUGGGGCCAGCUGGGCCUGCUUGAAGUUAGGAGUGCCACCAAACCUAGCUGUAUUAAAUCUAUAAAAACCGAAAAGUUGAAACUAGUGGCAUGUGGACGGAAUCAUUCAGUAAUUGCAACAGAGUCUGGUAAACUAUUUUCCUUUGGUGCUAAUGGUGAGGGUCAGCUGGGUAUAGAGGGGAUAAACGACGCCAGUACACCCAGCCAUAUAGACUCUCUAGAUGCCGUGCCAUACUGUAUGCUGGGGGCAGGUGUGGAGCACUCCGUGGCACUCACAGAGGAUGGUCGGGUGUUUGUGUGGGGCGGUGGGAGUGAGGGACAGCUGGGCCUGGGUCACGACACAGAGGUCCCCACCCCCAAGGAGCUUCCAUUUGAGGAGAAUGUUGUGUGUAUAUCAUGUGGCUACUACCAUACAGCUCUUGUCACAGAGAGUGGUGACUUGUACACAUUCGGUGAGACGGAGAAUGGCAAACUUGGCCUGGGGGACAACCCGGCCGAAUACGCCACCCCUCAACACGUGUCUUCCAUCACAGAAAAAGUCAAGUGGGUGGCCUGUGGGGGGUCACACACAGUGGUGCUCACAGAGAGUGGGUCAGUGUAUACGUUUGGGGAGGGAGCUAACGGCCAGCUGGGGCAUGGCACUAUGGUUCUACAGACUGCCGUGCCACACCUGUUGAAACUAGAGUUCAAGGCCACACAUAUAGCCUGUGGGGAAAACAUCACAGCUAUUGUCUCAGAGGGCAGUCAGCUAUAUACAUGUGGCGAUGGUCGACACGGAAAGUUGGGGCUCGGACAGGAGAGUUUCUCAAAUCAGUUCAAACCUCAUAGGGUAGAUCGAUUUACAAAGUUUAAGGUGCAAAUGGUGUCGUGUGGAGGCUGUCACAUGAUUGUGAAGGCACGGAAACGGAUACAGGACAAAGACGCUGACAUCGAAGUGGAGAUUGAGGAAGCAGCACGAACAUUGAAUCACACAUUAAAGGGACUCGACCUCAACAAUAGCGUGUCAGCGAGGGAUCGAAGGAGGCAGACCAUGCCGAGUCCCAAUAUGUCACUGAACCGGACGCUGCCAUCGCUAGGCAACAACCGCACACUACCGGUGCUCAACGGCCAUGCGACACUGCCCAACUUGAAAAACCAGGCAAAUCUACUGCAGAAGAGCAUGCUUCCUGGCAUCAAGAUAGAUGACAAGAAGGAGUCAGAAUCAGAAGAAGAAAGUGAGGAAGAAGAGGAGGAGGAAGUGGUGAAGGAGAAGAAGAAAAUCACCCCCCAGCCACUUCCCAGAGGAUCUCCCAAGACGAAGGCCCCACAACCCAAGGAGGACUCGGAGGACGAGGGGGUGGCAGGGUCGGAGGAUGAGGAGGAGAAGGGAAUCCGGAGGAAGGAGGAGGAGGAGGAUGAUAAGUGGAGUGAGGAGGAGAAGGUGGAGGAGCUGCAGAAUGGCGUGGAGGAAGAGGGGGAUGAUGAACUAAGCGAUGAGAAGGAGAAUGAGGACCCCCAACCUCGCUCCUUGCCUGGACCAACUCCCACCCCCAGGAAAAAGGCUGAAGAAGAUGAGGAGGAAGAUGAAGAAGAAGACGAAGAGGAGGAGGAGGAAGAAGAUAAGAAAGGAAAGAAGGGCAAGAAAGACAAGAAGAAGGAGAAAGACAAGAAGCAAAAGAAGGGUGUGGGUCUGUUUGGGAAGAAGAAAGCUGCUGUUGAAGAAGACGAGGAGGAGGAAGAAAAAGAUGAAGUGGAGGAAGAGAAUGUAAAAGGAAAGAAGAAGAAAGAUAAAAAAGAAAAGGAGAAGAAAGAUAAAAAGAAAGACAAGAAGAAGGGGAAGAAAGGAAAAGAUGAAGAGGAGGAGGAAGAUGAAGAAGAGGAGAAGACUGACAAGAAAGACAAGAAGAAGGAUAAGAAAGAUAAGAAAAAGGACAAAGAUAAGAAGAAGGACAAAGAUAAGAAGAAAGGAAAGGAGGAGGAAGAAGAUGAUGAAGAGGCGGAGGACAAAGCAGAGGAUGGAGAGAAGGACAAGAAGGAAGAGGAGAAGAAGGAAGAAGCACCCCCACCCAAGAAGAAGUCACGAUUCUGCACAAUAUUGUGAUCAUAUCAAGGAAUGGAUGUAAACGUUUGGCGGGAAAAUCUUUCAAAGGGAGAUAACUCAGUAACUGCCAUAACCUCUUGGUGCUGGGUGCCAGGUGGACAAAUGGAUGCCUGUAGUGUUAUGCAUGCGUUUAUCAACAAGCAGGCAUCACCAGUAGCAUCCAGACUCUUGGUUGAAGAAGCUGAUGUGAUAUUCUGAUAUUCUGUAGUAUGCUACAUGCGACCAUGGGACAGAAGACCUGCCUUCACACAGAACCGGGGCUGUUCCAUGUUCGAGUGUGAGAUUGGAUGGAGUUUGUCUUUGAAAGAGGACAUUUUUUGUAUUGAUAAAUUCAGGUGAAUAUUGAAACAAUGAAUCAGGUUUUCAGUACCUUAACUUUUCAGGUCAGGGGAAAUCAAAGCUAAACUGUAUAAGAACACAAAAUGUAUAAAUAUAGUUUCAUCAGGUUUUUAGUGUACGACCAUAUAUUUGAGCAUGUAUUGAUUCAGAACACUGCAUAAUUAGAUCCUGAUUUCUACACCUCUGGUGCAUUGAACACCUCUUGCCAGAUGGUAACUAGAAGUGUUCUCCAAAACAGGAGCAACCUCUUCGCUGCCGUCUGCUCAAAGCUUCUACAUCAUACUUCAGUUACAAAAUAUUACUUCAAGAACUUAAGACAACUUAUGAAUAUCCAACAAAUACCAGGUGUCAAGAGUUUAUAAUUAAAUUUGCAUCAGUAACUGUCAAUUACUAAAACAACCAUGUUUUACAAUAAUAUCAAAAGAUGACCUUGACCUGUGAUAGACAUGCACCAACAUUAGACAAGGCAAAGAAAGUUUCCUUGCUGUAGACAUAACCUUGCCUCAGAAUCAGACGUUUGUAUAUCUGUGUUUUUCAGAAAUCUGAAUUCUGACCUUGACCUUUGACUUUUGACCAAAACCAUUUCAAAGGAUGCUGCAUUCUAAAAAUAUGUACAUACCAAGUUUAAGAAUAAAUGCAUGAACACCUGAAAGAGCGUAACCACAAACAUAUUUUAGCGUUUCUAUCUUGAGACACUGACCUCAGGACAUUCCAUGACACAUGCCAAAAUAAUUUCCUAGAACACCAUGGAAUGAGUUCAUGGAAGAAUAAUUUGGACAUCAGUAAUCUGUAACAGACUGAUUCCAGCAAAACCUGAAAGCCAUAAUUAUCAGUAAGUAGGUGUCCGGAGUAAGAGUGCACAUAUUACCUCUCAAAUGUUUAACAGUAAAUUAAGUUUAAACCUUAUUGCUCAAACUAAAUGAACUCAAAAUGUAUACCUUCUUUGAGAGGCAUUUUAGAAGUUGUACAGGUGAAGGUAAACCAAGUUCUGUGGAUAGUCAACUUCUUUAUUGCAAUGAUUGCGGCAUUUCGGUGUAGUACCGGUACUAACUUGCUUGAUAACGGUGUUAGUACCUACACCGAAACAUCGCACUCAUUGCAAUAAAGAAGCUGACUAUCCAUAGAACUUAGUUUUCUUUCAAAAUGUAUAACUUGCACAUGUGUCUGGUAAAAUAUAAUCAUGGAAGCAAGAGGAAGAAUGUUUUAUUUGUAAAGUUAGAAGUUUUUGACAAACUGCAGUAUUUUUUGUUAUAAUACCCUGUUUAACUUAAUCCACUAUUUCUAGACUACUGCAGUGUGAGUUGUUUAUUUGCUGGUGUAAAUGAGGUAGGGAGAAUAUACAUAUAUCUGUAGUCUAAUUAUCUCUCCCCAUCAUUGCCGGCUGUGCUGUAGGCUGUGUACCAUUUGCUCAGAUAGUGAUCAAGGAAAGAUGAGGUAUCCCUGAAUUGUAUGAUCAUGCCAAACAAUGGUUGGUAGUGUAUCCCUUUGUUGCUCAUCGGCGAGAGCCACUAGCCCUCAGUCUCAUCCUCUUAUACAGUAAACUCAUAGAUCUCACUGUUUAUGUAUCGUUUUGUAAACUUGUAACAAUUCUUCAGCAAAUGAAUAUUCUCAUUCCAUAAC